CAACACGAUGAGGAGCACGCCAGGAAACGAAAAGUAGCUCAUGCAAUGCUGCUGUACCUUCUCAUGCUCCCCCCGCCUCCCCGUACCUUGCCCAAGCAUCCUCUCAGGGACGGGCUUGUGAACCGUAUGCCGACUGCCGUGAAGUAAGCACAGCGCUGGGGCAAGGGAGAGUGUUUUCCAGGACUGUUUGGGAGCUGAUUAUGUUACUGCUUUAAAAAAAAAUAAUAAUCACAUUGGGAGGAAUGGCAUGGUGUUUGUUUACUGCAUCUCUAGGACGUGGUGAUGCCUGCGUUUGAUGCGCUGUGUCUCAUCAACCCGAAACACUGGAGUCCUUUGAAGGUUAUGUAAAAAUAAAGGCGCAGACACUCUUCAAAGAGAGGAACAAUGGGACCAGGCAUUCAGGAACAUCCUUUAUUACUGCGCAGCGGGACACCGGAAAAGGAAAGCCAAAUCAAUGAAAACCACAAAGGAACGGUAAAUUACAGCGGUGGAAAAAGCCAUCUGAGUACCAAAGGACUAAAGAAACAAAUUUCUCAUGUGAGAUCUUCUGGAAGAUUAGGCAAAAAUAUAUCAAAUGCCACUGAAAAGACUUCCCAUGACACUCAGGACGAUAACCAACCAUGUAUUUUUUACAAGGAAAGAAACCAGCUGGGUGACCACAUUCAGCCAAGCAGAACGAUGAGCGUUUGCACCUCAUUGCACAGAGUACAAGGAUCAAAGAGGAGUGUCUCAGAAAGAAAACAAAGCGAAUCUGUGCUGCACAGGAUCCCUCCUAGCAUGAAGGGCAGCUCACAAGGUAGCUUCAGGAGGGCAAAAGAUGUCCCGAUGCAACACUGUUAUUGCAGUAAGAACAAACAGUUAGAAAACACUCAUAAAGAACAUGUUGCUGAAGCUGGUCCAUGCUCUUCUAAAUGGCAAGAAGCAUCUGUAGAUCAGAUGCUUCUCGAUUUUGAAUCGGUACGAAUUAUUAAAGAAGAUGCUGAAGAUGAUAGUGCCAGUGACCUUUCUGAUUCAGAAAGGAUUCCCGUUCCUCCAUCUCCCUGCACACCACCAGAACUCAUUCUCAGAGCUGAAGAAAUUGAUCCAGUUUGUUUGGAACAUGUCCUUGAUACAGGGUUUAAAGAAUCAGAAUAUUAUUACCCAGACUUCCUCCCACCCCCUUUCAACUCCUGGGAUUUGAAGCAGCUGGCCAUCUUUGUUACUGUAGAGGGUAAAACUGAAUUUCGACCGAAGCCAGCAGGAUUUCUUGAGAAAUACAUUGAUCGUCUUUUGCAGCUGGAAUGGCUGCAAAUGCAGACUGUACAGAAUGAGAAAGGAAAGACAGCAAAAGUCAGACCUCAAACUGCUCCCAGCUCCAUCCGUACCCUAAAAAGCCCUGGGAAAGGCAAAGUAUUGCCCAGCCCUUUGCCUAGCAAGCAAGCAAUUCCCCAAGAAAGCAUUACAAAGCUCCCCACAAGCUAUUCAGGUCACAGGAGAGACGCAUACUGUGAAGAAAACUGCCAAAUGCAUGCACAGCCAGGUCACUUUUCUGAGAGCAUGGGACGUGCACUGUCAUCUCAGAGAAAUUCUGGUGAAGUAAGGAGUGAGUUGAGAAAGAAACCGACUGCAAAGCAACAACUUCUCAAUACGCAGCCCUCUGAAAACAGUUCUAAAAUUCAAGGCAUCGGUAACAUCAGACCCCCUAAGCAGACCCCUGUAUUCCAUGGUUCAGCUGCUCCCACUAAAGGCUUAAAAACAUAUUCGUGUACAAAUCCAAAGAAAAACGGCAAUGCUAAUAACUAUGUUCCUUGCAAAAAAAUAACAGGGGACAGGAAAAUGAAAACAAAUGGCACAAAGCAAACAUCACGUAAAUUUAAAUGAAAAAUAAUCAUUAGUAAAUGUUGAUGCUUCUUGACUGCUAGAAAGCAUUUGGCCAUGUAGAAGGGUCAUGUUUCCUUCAUAGGAAGAUCUUGAGGAAAGUAUGCUCUUGAUGCAUUUUUCUAAAUCACCACUACUCAAUUCAAUAUAUUUGAUCAUAAACCAGCAAGGCCAUCAGGAAUCUUUUCCUUGAAGGCAAAUGUCUUCCACUGGUCUUUCCUCAAAAAUAUUUACAAUUGCUAAAUGAAGAUAACACUAUCUAAAUAAGCAAGUUUAGAGAAAUAUUUAAUUGUAAAAUUUCCUAUUAGCACCACUAACCCCACGGAAAUUUGUGGUGUUUCAUCUGUUCACCUUGGUGUAUUUGAGAGGAGAACAAGAUCUAUGCUCUUUUUCUUGAGCAGAUGUGCUUUUUUGCGGGGUGGGUUUGGUGGUGUUUUUUUUUUUUUUUUCCUGAUGGAAAAGGGCUGAAUUGUUUUUAUAAAAUAAUGGAACAGGCCAGGCUUAUCUAUGCAAAGUUAAUCUCUCUAAUUCUUGAUAGGAGAUAAUGAACUGGAUUCUUUCAGAUAGGAAGAAGAAUGGAGAGAAUGUUCUGAAAUGUUUUAAUGCACAAAGGUUUCUAUUAAAGGAAAACAAUUAUUAGGGAAUAGAUAGCUUCCACAGUGACAGAUUAAGACCAUGAAAUGCAUAUUUUUAUAUCCAGAAACCUUUACUAUGUUUACAAACAGCUUUCCUUCAAGUUCAUUUUGUAAGUCUUGAUGCAUUUUGUCAUUGAGACCAAAUAAUCACAUUCCUGAUUGUUGUGACAAAGGUCCCAAUCUUGAAAGAUGUUUUGUAUUGUCUGCUCAUGGUGAUGGCAAUGCAAAUUGAAGUUGUGCUUUGUUUUCCUUCACCGCUCUGCACCCAAUUCUGCUAGUAUUUGUUAUGUACUUUCUUUACUACAUGCAAAUGACAUCUUGAUCUUGUCAAAAUCGAAACACAAUCGCUUAUAAGCUACAUCAAGAGAGUCAAUGAUACUUCACAUUUUCUUCACAUGUGGGAAGCAAACCAAAUCCAAUAGAGUAGUUUGACCAUUUCCCAAGGCAAGGUAUGCGUAAAAUUUACACUAAUUCAGAUUCUAAGGUUCCCAUUUUAGUUAGAUCCUCUUUCUGAAGCAAAGAAAGAAAUGUGACUGUUAUAGAAGUGAACUGACAGCUGAUCACCUAGGCAAUACGUGCAAUAUAUCCUCUUCUUGGACCCUCUGUUCUUCUGCCUGUGAAAUACAAGAGAAUAUGAAAGAUAGUUUAGUAAGUACUGUAAAUUCAAGUGGCAGUUUGUCUGCUACAAUUUUGAUUCGAUUACAGCAGCUAGGGACAUGAUCCUAUUAAAAUAAAGAAGAAAUGCUAGAGAAUAUUUUUGCGCAGUGAAAUAUUUAUUGAGCAGCAUUGACUUCAUUCUCAGCCACCUAUCACAGCAAACUAUUUAUGAGAAGUGAGCUGAGGUCUGACAGACCAGACUUUUCAAGUGGAUCCUUCCCACUGUGUUGUAAAAUGAAAAAGUAGCAAAUACUAAAUUAUGUAUAUAGUUAAAAUGCACUUUUAUUGGUUGAUCUCAUCUUGGUUGUAAGAUGCUUAGUUGCUUCUAUUCUUUCAUUGUGCCUACCUGAUCUUCAGCUUGGUAAAAUUUCAAAGCAUGGAUUUAAUGUAAUUUAAAAUGUGAUAAUAAAUGUAGUAAUAAACUAGAGUAUUUUACAGUACUUAAAAAAGCAAUGCUCAGGAAUAGUUUAAGAAACAUUUUUAGUGUCUUUUUCCUAGUCAACUGGAGACUAAAUGGGAAAUUUUAAAUUGAUGAAGGAAACAAAUUUAGUAUACAGUAUUAUAUUUACAUAUUCAGUAUUUGUUACCUUACAGUUAAAAACUAAUUGUUCCAUGUACGUUCUGUUCUAUGCAAUUAAAGUGAAACUUAAUCUGACAUGCUCAACGAUCAAAUAAAUUGGCUGUGUCAGAGGUGUGGUGACACUAAAGAGGACGACAUUCAAUUACCAGCAACUGCAGAGCAGUAGCACAGGCUUCUGUUUGCUGUUUCAUCCUUUUGUUUUGUUUCAGAGUUGCCAUGUAGGUCAGCUUUUUUGGAUCAAAAGGCCCUGCAUCCAACGCUUGAGUUUCAAGCUUGGGCCAAAUCCUGCAAGCCUUCAUUACUCAAGUUUUCCUGAAUCAGUAGUGAAAGUUACUCCCGUUGCUAAUAAGCAGUAUUAUCAGUGCACUAUUUUGGUGCGCUAUUUAUAAGCACCAAAAGCGAAGUGACCAGGAUCAAGUCCAUAAUCAGCAUGGCAAAUUUUUUUAAACAAAUUCUAGUAGAAGCAAUAAUUAAUUAGCAUGUUAUUAUAGCACUGAAUAUUAGUGUAUGCUAAAUUUGCUUCUGAAAAUUUGCUCUGUAUUGGUGUUUCCCUAGGUUACAAGGAGAGCAUGUAGAUACCUGCACAUUUUGCAUGGUUAGUUCUCAAAAAAUAAAUAGUGUUUCAGUCUGCCUUGAAUAGAGCAAAGGUGAUUCGCACUGAGAGAAGGUUUUUCUCACAAACCUAUGGGCUUCGAAAAUUUUAUUGUAAUGUACUGCUUGUGGUCUGAAGGACAUCGAUCUGUUCUUGGGGACUGAAAAUUUAAGUAGGCAGAGACGCUGAUGCCACUUAAAUAAAUCUGAACACCUGUUAAACAUUGAGCUAUGAUCUGGCAAGUUUGUCUUGCAUGGUAAUCACACAAGUCUAAUUUUUGUUCAUUGAUGAUUUGGUACUUCUUACGCAGUCCCCUCUGUUCAUAUACAGAAAUACAAAUUCUGCGUUAUCCUUAAUAAACAGCUCUUAAAAUAAGCAGGCUCACAAGGGUUGGAUUUUAUCCUGCAGAACUUUGCUUCUAUUUUAACUUGUCCAUGUUCUGGGCUCACAGAUGAAAAGAGUUCCUUUUAUGAUGAGGGCUAAGGUUUAUAUUUCCUUCAUUCUGCAUUCAUGAAUGUUGUCUUUAAAAGCACCUCUGAAUAUAGCAGAAAAGUUGGUUAGGUCAAGUACUUUGUUUGGAAUUAAAAUACUUGCACAGGACAAUGCUUGUGUGGUUAUUUAUAUUUUUCUUCACUAUAUUUAGCAAUAUGAUGAUACAUUCUUGUGUGUCUAACCCUACUGUUCAAGGUAUUUUUGAAGAAAAAUUUUCCUGUGAUUUGAGAUAUUUAAAUGGGGCAAUUUUUUUUUUUCUAGA